AUGGCAAUUCAUUUUCCAAUGUUUGUGUUUCAUUCAGAGCAAACCUAUGGGGAGGUGAACCAAUUAGGAGGUGUUUUUGUCAAUGGACGACCGCUGCCCAACGCCAUAAGAUUGAGAAUAGUGGAGUUGGCUCAGCUUGGUAUCAGACCUUGCGACAUUAGUCGACAACUUCGUGUCUCCCAUGGUUGUGUGAGCAAAAUUCUUGCGAGGUACAACGAAACUGGGUCUAUUUUGCCGGGUGCAAUUGGUGGAAGCAAGCCACGAGUUACCACACCGAACGUUGUAAAAAAUAUAAGGGAAUACAAACAGGCAGACCCGGGGAUUUUCGCCUGGGAGAUUCGGGAUCGACUUCUUGCGGAUGGAGUGUGUGACAAAUACAACGUACCUUCAGUCAGUUCUAUUAGCAGGAUUUUACGGAACAAGAUCGGGAAUUUGUCUCAGCCAAACCAUUAUGAAAGUGGCAAGCAAGCGUCGCCACAACCGGCUCUCCCUUACAACCACAUAUACCCAUAUUCAUACCCCAAUGCCAUGUCACCCACCGGGACCAAAAUGGGCAGCCCUCCCGGAGUCCCAUCCUCGGCUGGUCCUGUUAGCAUAUCCCGUGGUUGGCCCUCAGCGCAUACCGUCAGCAGUAUCCUGGGUAUUCGGGCUUUCAUGGACCCUACAGCUAUUGCUGGCGCUGAGGGGUAUCCACCGAAAAUGGAGGACUGGGGAAGCGUCAACAGAGCGACGUUUCCAUCCGCUCAUGGAGUUAACGGAAUAGACAAAUCAGCCAUUGAAGCGGAUCUAAAAUACCCUCAGUCUUCUUCGACACUGUCUAGUUAUGUCCCGGCGUGUGCCUACUCACCGUCUAAUCAGUAUGGUGUGUAUACCGGGCCCGCGGGCAGCUACGUGAGUCCCGGUCACCACUGGCAGGCCCAGGGUACGAGUCUGUCUCAUCCAAGCAGCGGCAUGAGCAUGCACGCGGGGGAACUCCACUCGCCAAUGGCUUUCAAACAUACAGCACGAGACGUCGACAGAAAACCUCCCAGUCCCCUGAGCAAGCAGCAGCACGAGGCUCUGAGCAGCGUACACGGUCUCAGUCAUCCUACCUCAUCCUCCUAA